GUCCAGCCCUGUGAUCAGUUCCUCUUUUCACAAACAAAUCUCCAACUGUAAAGGGGAAAGUUUCCUCUCUCAGAACUGGCGCUUCCGUGAGUGAAUGAGCAGGCAGCUUCUUCCCGGCUGCAGCCUGAGUCAGCACAUCCUUGAAGCAGGUAGGAGCCUGGAAUUGCCACUAUGGAACUGGAUCUCAGCUGUGUAGAAACCCGCCUCCACUGACCUGGCAUGUGAGAGCAGAAUUUACCUGUCAGAGUGUGGUACGGAAAUAUCAGUUUCUGCGCAAGAGGAUAAACAACUACUUCUACAAGAAAAUGGACUACAAAACGUUACCUUUGGCUGAAUGGACUGAGUCUCAUGUUAGAUGCUGGCUCGAAUCUAUUGGAAUUAAGAAAGAAUAUGUAGAAAAGCUCUGUGAAGAGGAAGUGACUGGCCCAGUGCUCAAAGAAUUAGAUGAACCUUUCCUCAAAAGCAUGGGUAUGAAAGGAGGCCAAAUCCACAUAAUAACACGGAAAAGAAAUGAACUUUUGGAACAUUUGCACAAAAAUGCAGGGGUAGACUCAGCCCAAGCAGAUAAUCCCAGCAUUAAAGCUUCAGAAGUGUCGGGUUCCGAUAUCACUACCAAUGAUGAUAAAAAGAGAGUAAAAAACAGGAAUUCAGCUGUGUCUAUGAAGGCUAAUGCACCAGCUGAAGAGACAGACAGUGAUUUAAAAGCCCUCAGCAUCACACAGCACGAAAGUUUUCAUGUAACAUCUUACCAGAAGGGAUCUUCAGAAACAGACAACACUGGGGCAGUAGAAAAGACUGGUAAGGAGCACACAUUAAAAACAAUGUCUACUUUUUGCAGGAGAGGAAGUAGAAAAAGUCAUUCCUUACAUGAAAAUACAGUUGAAUCAUUAACGCUGAGCAAAUUCAGACAAUUUAAAAAUGAAGACAUUAAUUUUAAAUAUGUGAAAAACAGAAUUCUUGCUCCGGAAACUGGAAUCAUAGAUUUGAUCAUUCCUUGCCAUGAAUACAAAUCUUUCACAACUGCUGCGAAGCUGGACAGGCAACGAUUGCAAGCAAAGUUUGCCUAUGAAGUGAUUAGAUAUGCCUCAGCCUGCAUGAAUGUUCGAACAAAUGGCACAAUACACUUUGGUGUAAUGGACAGUGUUGAAGACAAGGGCUGGAAACAUGGACAGAUAGCCGGCAUACCGGUAAGAGACAGAGACAUCUACGUAGAUGCAUUAGAUUACAUUGAAAAAUGUUUUGAACCAUCUGAACAAGAAGCUGCAAGAAAUUGCAUUCACCCUCCUAUUUUUACUGAAGUGAUUCAGAAAGACUCUCAAGAACAAUACUUUGUGGUAGAGGUUGACAUUGAACCAUCAUCCAGUACAGUGAAGGGAAAGAUCUUUCAAGUACGCUUACCUAGAUUUAACGAACACAGUAAUAAGGUGAUUUUCGACAAAAUUCCAGUUCUCUAUCAAAGAGUGGGAACAAAGUCUGAGCCUGUAAAGAAUGAAGAGCUAGUGGCUUUUAUUCAGGGUUUACAAGAGAAGGAUGUCAGAAGGGAAAAGGUUGAGUCCUCCAGUAAUGAGGACCCUAUGGAAAUUUCCCAAAAUUUAGGGCGGAAGUUAUCAGUCCUAUUCACUGAUGGCAAGAACUAUAUGAAUGAUUCUCUACUGUACAUUCUUGUCACAAACAGCUGUGGAAAAGAAGAUCUGAAAUCUGUCAACUUUUUAAUGCGCAUGAAUAUUUUCUGUGUGUUUGAUUUUGAUGAGGAUUCCAAUGUGUCAGGUUUAUAUGCCAAGUACAAAGAACAUCAUGAAACAAGGUCACAUUUCUUGCAAAAUUAUUCCAAUGAAAGCAAGAUGAGCACCACUGAAUUUCAAAAACAUUUGGGCCUAUUUGAUCACACCAGCUGGAUAUUUUGCAAUGGACGCAGUGACUUCCAUGGGGAUGAAAAAUCUUGUGAUGAAGACACUUGGAUUAGAACGAAAAAGAAGUAUCUUAAGAAAGCCAUUUCAUUUAUCUGUGAUGAAAUCCUUCCAAAGGGAUCUUUUGUGGUACUUUUCCUACUAUCAUCACCUGUGGAGAAGCCAAUUGUAGACACCUUCCAGGAAUUCUAUACAGAAAUGAAUGGUAUUGAUUAUAUCAUAUGCAUUGCAGAGUCCAAAGAAAAUUAUGAGAAGUGGGCUAACCUAGCUCAGGCAUCUUGUAGCAUUGAGACACUAGAACAGAGGAGCAUUGUGGGCAUGAAGCUAAGUCACGUAGAUGCCACUAUUCAAAAUAUGAUGCCAUCUGCAAUAUGUCCCAGACAUUUACCAGUUUCCACAAGAGGUCUGUGUGUGCUUCCAACUCUGGAAGAAGAAAAAAUGUCUUCCCUUGAAAUAUUGUGUGCAGAUCAAUGUGAUGAUAUCAAACUGGAUCUUCUGAGCACAAAAGAAAUACAAGAGAUAGAACAAACAUUUUACCAAGGUAGAAAAGUCAGCUGGAAAAAUUUCUGGCUUGCUGAUAAAGGGAGCUGUGGAGAAGUCAUUGAACGGGAGGCCUGUGAAGAGGUUCAUAAAAUCUUAGAUGAUAUUUUGCAUGGGAACAGAAUCAGGUAUUCUGUGGCUAAACUAAAAAUAUUUCAUCAACCUGGAAGUGGAGGAAGCACCAUUGCAAGGCAAGUACUAUGGAAAAGAAGAAAGGAUUUAAGAUGUGCUGUGGUCAAAUCUUCAUAUUCAAUUGCAACUGUCUCCAAGCAUGCAGUUAAUUUUAGAGAAUAUGAUGAAAAUGACGUAAAGAAUUCUCUCCCAGUGAUCCUCCUGAUUGAGGACUAUGAUGAAGAUUAUCUGGAUGAAUUAAAGAAUGAUUUAAUGGAUGCAAUGGCAGCUCGAAGAAGUCAUUUUUCCAAGCCUUGUUUCAUCCUCUUGGGCUGUAAACGAUCUAAUGUCCCUGAAAAGCUUUGCAAAGCUUCUCCUCUCGAUACAGUUGCCGUCACUCACAAGUUGACAGACCAAGAGAAACACCUGUUUAAAACCAAAAUUGAAAAACUUAAAAAGCAGAAUGACUUCAAGCCUGCAUUUAUUCUUACGUUUGUCCUGAUGAGUGAGGAGUUUAAGGAAACAUAUGUCACAGAGUUUGUAGAGCACUGGAAGGAAGGCAUAGACCUUUCCUCCCCUGUUACUAGUUUGAUGAAGUAUGUUGCUUUGCUCAAUUCCUAUGUACAUGGUUCAUACAUUUCAUUAUCACACUGUGAAGCUUUUCUAGGGCUCGGGGCAUAUACAGAAAAGAGAGUGAGAGAGUAUGAUUUCAAAAAUAACUUAAGUGAACAGGCAAGAGUUAUUUUUAUUGAAUUAAGAGAAAAUACCACCUGUAUUUCAUCUGUCCAUAUCAUACAUUACCUGGUUGCAAAAGAAAUUCUGCAUCAGCUCUCAAGAAGUCAGCCUCAGAGUCAAAUUGCAAUGGAACUUCUUCAGGAAAAAGUGCUUUUAAACCAUAGAUUUGGACGAGAAGAGUUUAUGAAGUUCAUCAGAGAUUUGUUCAUACGACGCGACAAGAAGAGCAGGGGAGACAAUACUGACAGCCUCUUCUCUCCAUUCAUUGAGCAUGUCUGUAAGGUUGAAGACUGUGAAAAAGCUAUAGAGGUUUUAAAAACUGCAUACGAAUGCCUGGGAAAAGAUGCCUUCUUUGCCCAGCAGCUUGCUCGAUUGCAUUACAAUCAUGAGAAAUUUGAGGAUGCAGAAUAUUGGGCAGGGGUAGCCAAAUCUCAUUUGCCAAAUGAUUCUUUUAUAUUGGAUACAGAAGGUCAAGUGUAUAGGAAAUGGUUUAGUUUUACUCUGGACAAAAAGAUGUAUGAGGCCACUCCUGGUGGAGUCAUUGAGAUGAUAGAAAUUGCCCUUAAAGCUAUGAAAUGCUUCAGGGCUGCACAACAGGCUGCAAAGUCAGAGAUCGACAGUAUGAACAAUGCCGGAUAUUUUGGAGAGGUUGAAGUGGGAUGUCGUCUACUAAAACUCCUGUCUACACUUGAGGUAUUUCCCAGAAACACACAAGGGGAACAUUCUGAGCUUGUGCGUUAUUUGCUAACAGACUACAUUCCUGAGGAAAUUAAAAAAUCCUGGGGAAAGCUUCACAGUCGUUUAAAAGGCUUACGUCAGAACAUUUAUAAUGCUCUGGACUGGAUUUCAGAAGAUCUAAGUUACUUCCAAACAGAUAAAAACCAGGAGAAACAAGAUGAGGAGGCAAAGGAGGAGAAGGAAGAACAAGUUUACAAUCCCAGAAAGUGGUUGAAAAGACAGUCUGAGGUAUAUGCUAAAUUCUUUACCUCAGAGUAUCCUAUGGGAGAAAACAAAGGAGAACCUGAAACUCAACUCCUCAGACGUAUGAACAUUUAUAAGUACGGUGGUGGCAGUGUCACUACCAUUCUUUCAUUUUUGACAGAUUCAAAGGAGAUGAGGUCAGUUGAAAAGCUAGAAAAAAUAAUUAAUUUUUACCCAGAUGACCCACAGAAAGAGAGGCUAGAGGAUAUUGAUCUUAUCAAUUACAUUUUGUGUCACAUUACACUAGCAUGUUUAUCUCCUGGAUCUUCCAAACUUCUUCCUUUUGAAACUCUUAGAGAACUCAGCAAUAGAUUUUUUAAACAGAGAAAAACAGCAUUUCCAGCAAGUGCCCAUUUUUUGCUCACCUUACUGUACUGGCCUGAUGAUGCAUUAGACAAAGAACCUAAUCCAGAUAAAGAUGAUAUUCUCGUAUCAGCUCUUCAGACUAUGAAACGCAUGCAUGACAUCAAGGUGAAAAAUAUUGCUCCAAGAAAGAAAAAAAUCUACACACAUUUUUUCCUGGGAAAGGGAAGUGGUCUAAGAAAGAUUAUGCACAAGACCAGGAUCGAUAAAUUAAUUGGUGGCUCCCUAGAUGAUCGACGGAUGAAGUGGCAACAUGGUGAUGUGUGGAAUAUAGGUAAAAUACGUGAUGUUCUAAGAAGGGUUUCAGGUUGGACAGAGAAUGGAAAACUGUUUGUACAGGGUCAUGUUGGGCAGAUUCAUAUUGUACCUUUACAUUAUGAUUCCGUGCCUCAAGGAAAUGAAAAUGUGACAUUUUAUUUAGGAUUUUCAUUUAAUGGGCUUGUUGCUCAUGAUAUUCAAGUCAAUAAGUAAAGAAAAAAACUCUUCCAUAGAGUAAGGUACUUGGGUGCAUUAAAUUGAGAGUACCCACUGUACUGUUAGAAAACUGUGCUAGUCUUACUUGUUACAUUCAGAAAACGUACAUCAAGAAAUCAAAGUGCAUGACACCCAGGAAAAAAAAAAAGCCCAAAGAAUUGUGGGGAGAAGCAUAAUAACCCUGCUUGAAGAUCUAGAAAGUCUGGAAACUUAUAUUUAAGAAAACCUGUUACCAUGAAUCACAGUGAUUGAAUAAUUAUGGGUCCAUUCAUUUUUUAAGUUUGUUUUAUCAGUGAAAAAAAAUUCAAAAGAGUGCAACUCACUAGUAUAUUAGUUAUUGGUAAAACUGAAAAAUGCAAAAGAGACAGAGAAUGAGAAACCACCGAGGAUCACUUGGAGCUAUGAGGUCAAAUGCAUCACAAGACUAAGCAGGUGUUAAUGUCAGUUUUAUCCUUUCCUCCAAAAUCCAGACAGUGGAUUCCACAGUUGUUACAUUGGGUAAUUUAAUUUUGCUCCUUGGAUGCAUUAAAAGAAUUAUAAAAUAGAAUAUAAUUUGUAAUUGUGUUCUGUAGUUUGGUUUUAGUAUUUUCCAAGAUGAAGGAAAGAAAAUAAUUUUAAAGUGACUCAUGCUGUACACAUGAACAAAAUAUGUAUCAACUAUUUAGCAUACUUCAUUUGUUGUAUAGUACCACAUAUUGAAUAACCAAAUUCAAUAGUGCAUCAACUCAUUUGUCCAUUUUUGGGGGGAAGGGUGCAAGAAAAUUGGUGGGCAGGAAAAGUAAGCAUUUGUUUAAAAAAAUUUGCUGUACUUUGCAAAUCAAUUU